AUGUUUCGCAAGAAGAAAAAGAAGCGACCUGAAAUCUCUGCUCCUCAGAAUUUUGAGCAUCGUGUACACACAUCAUUUGAUCCAAAGGAAGGGAAGUUUAUUGGCUUGCCACCUCAAUGGCAGAAUAUUUUGGACACUCUGAAACGUCCCAAACCUGUUGUAGACCCUUCAAGGAUUACACGGGUACAGCUUCAGCCUAUGAAGACGGUUGUGCGAGCCAGCACAUUUGAAGUGGAAGGAUAUAUCUCUGGAAUACUCAAUGACAUCCAGAAGCUCUCCCUCAUCAGUUCUAACACCCUGAGGGGUAAGAGCCCUACUAGCAGGAGAAGAGCCCAGUCGCUAGGACUUCUAGGAGAAGAUGAACCAACUGACAUAUAUCUACACUGCGCUGAACCAGACUGGGCAGACAAAUAUGGAAACUACCUCAACUGCAAUGGUGGAAAUAAAUCGUCUAGAAGGCAGACCUUAUGGCCUGAUUACAAGCCCAUGUUGGACGGGCAGGCUCAUUCCAAUAGCCUAGUCAUGAAAGCUCAAUCUCUUGACCCUUCAGAGUUCCAAGGGGCAAAUAGCCACUUUGCCCCACUCUCAUCAGGUUUUCAGCACCAGCAAUACAUCCCUGUUCCUGAAGUAAACAGAGAAAAUGCUGUAGCAAGAAGAAACUCCGAAGAGAACUAUGGUCAGCCCUGCCAUGGGAGCCAAGCUAAUUUGAGGCCACCUGGAGAAGGUAGUCCUGGCUCUAAAUCAAGGGAAAACAGUUUGAAGCGGAGGCUGUUGCGAACUGUGUUCCCGUCAUCCAACCCUUCAAAUAAGAUUGGAAACAACCCACAGAUAAAGCCGAACCCCUUCUUCAGGGCACCCCAGCACUGGAGUUCACCGCAUAGUCCUGCAGCCAAAUCCCAGUCUCUUCCCUCUGACCAGCCUGUGCCUGAUUACGCUAGGAUUUCAGAAGCUGGUGGUUCCCCUCACAAGUCCCCAACCAUUGAACAUAGAAUUGGCUUGCCUCAAGGUAGGCCAUCGCCAGCAGGGUCCCCACGGAACAGGCACACCCAAACCAGCUCCAGCAACCUUCAUCUUCCUCUGGAUGCUAAAGCACAGCCAACCAGUGAGGAUCCAGCGGUGGUAACUCAUGAGCAGUUCAAAGCUGCCUUGAGGAUGGUGGUGGACCAAGGAGAUCCUAGGACAAUGCUAGAAAGCUACGUCAAGAUUGGUGAAGGAUCUACGGGUAUUGUCUGCAUUGCUCGUGAGAAGCAUUCUGGAAGGCAGGUAGCAGUGAAGAUGAUGGAUUUACGAAAGCAGCAGCGGCGAGAACUCCUUUUUAAUGAGGUCGUGAUAAUGAGGGACUACCAGCAUGACAACGUGGUGGAGAUGUAUAAAAGCUAUCUUGUAGGUGAUGAGCUUUGGGUGUUGAUGGAAUUUCUCCAAGGAGGAGCUCUGACAGACAUUCUCUCUCAGAUCAGACUGAAUGAAGAGCAAAUUGCUACAGUAUGUGAGUCAGUCUUGCAGGCACUUGCCUACCUGCAUUCCCAAGGUGUGAUUCACAGAGACAUUAAGAGUGACUCCAUUCUCUUGACUCUUGAUGGAAGGGUGAAACUUUCUGAUUUUGGUUUUUGUGCACAAAUCAGCAAGGAUGUACCAAAACGGAAAUCCUUAGUAGGAACACCAUAUUGGAUGGCUCCAGAAGUUAUUUCAAGGUCUCCAUAUACCACUGAGGUGGACAUCUGGUCUUUGGGAAUCAUGGUAAUUGAAAUGAUUGAUGGAGAACCUCCCUAUUUCAGUGAUUCUCCAGUCCAAGCAAUGAAACGGCUCCGUGACAGCCCUCCUCCCAAAUUGAAAAACUCUCAUAAGACUUCUCCAGUUUUAAGGGACUUCUUGGAGCGAAUGUUAACACGAGAUCCUUUAGAGCGAGCAACAGCACAAGAACUCCUGGAUCACCCUUUUUUGCUUCAAACUGGACUUCCAGAAUGCCUUGUGCCCCUUAUCCAGCGAUACAGGAAACGCACCUCUACCUGCUGA